AUGUCGUUCAGAGAGUCGAUUUCUGAUCGUCCUGCCACGAUCAAAGUCGGUCGAGGUCCACAUGCCGGCGUGUUUACUGUACAGAAAGCUCUGCUUUGCAACUCAUCUGCUUACUUCACAGCUGCUUUGAACGGCACAUUUAUCGAGGGCGAGACUCAGACUAUCAACCUCGACGACGAAGACCCUACAAUCUUCCGGACCUACGUCGCAUGGCUCUACCAAGGACAACUCAACUCCCAAGACAUCGAAGGAGCUCUCGACGAUCCACAGAAUUUCGGUCAACAUAUCGCCGAGUUAAUCGUUUUUGCCGACAAGAGAGAUAUAAGCGAGCUCAAGAAUGACGCUAUCUCCAUGCUCCUGAGCUAUCUAUACAAGAACGGGCUGGCGGCACUCGAUAAACCAGAGUUCAUGGCAGAGAUCAUCAAAAUAUCCAAGUCAAUCGAAGGGCGUUCUUGCGUUAGAGUGCUGAGCGAGAGAAGCUUUGAACAAGGAGACUUGAACAUCUGCAAGCUUGUCCACUCGCACAUUCAUCAGGCACAGGGUUGCUCGUCGUUUGCUAAGAACACGUACAUGCCGGCUCCACCAGUCCAAGAGCCUCCAAACAAGAAGCGCAAAGUCGGUCCAUCGACACUGACCGUUGAACUUCUCGACGACUAA